AUGGCUGCAACCGAACGUCGAGCUAAUGUCCGUGUUCAUAUAUCAAAAAAUGUACAGCAAUGUAAUUAUCCUCGUGGAGCUUUAAUUAUGGUUGCUGGUGCAGGUGGAGGUUAUACCGGUCCUGCCGCCAUUUAUCCUGAUUUAGCUCAAGAAAUAAUAGAAAAUUCAAAUAUAAUAUCAGUACAAAUGGAUUAUAGAUUUCCAGGUGAUCUUAACCCAUGUAUUGAAGAUUUAAUAGAAACAAUCGAUAUUUUAGUAUCGAAAUAUCAAAUCGAACGAGUUGUACUUGUUGGUUGGUCAUUUGGUGGUGCUGUUGUCAUAUCAGCUGGUGCUCAACAUAAUCUCGUAAAAGCUAUUGCUACUGUUGCAUCACAAACUGCUGGUACAAGUAGUGUUAAUCAAUUAGCUCAAAAAGGUAAAGCAUGUUUAUUUAUUCAUGGUACUGGUGAUCAAUGUUUACCACCUCGAUGUUCUGAACAACUUUAUCGUCUUGCUGGUGAACCUAAAGAACUUGUUUUAUAUAAUGGUGAUAAUCAUGGUGUUACCAAUCAUCGAUAUGAAGCAAAAGAUAAAAUUAAAGAAUUUACUUUAAAAUAUUUAUGCGCACCAACAAAAUAA